UCCCACGCAUCUCCCCUUUUUUGUCUUCAGUUAUUACACUUUACAAGCUCAUUGGCAACCGCUCCGCGCUUCCCUCCCGUCUUCUCCCCCUCUUCACCGCGGAAAAGGCUCCGCUCCCCAUUUCACCUGCACACAGAGGACUCCCGAGAGCUUCUCCUCCCUUCCAGUUUGCUGCGUGCAGAUCGUCAAGAGAAGAGAACAAUUCCUUCAGGAGGUGAACCAUGAGGACAAGGAAUCCGACAAUGUCAAAGUCGUCGUCUUGGCCCAAGACGAAGACGGUGAUGAAGAAAUGGCUCAACCUCAAGAAUUCAGAGUUCCACUCGGACUGCAUCAACGAAAGUUUUGGAGGGCAGCAGCAGGAGAUGAGGAGGAAGAGCUGCUCCGACAGAGAUGGCAGCCUUCUCACAAGGACAGACCUGUCAGGUGGCUGGCUGGUGGAGAGCUCUGAGAACCUGCGGCCGCCUCCUACCCGGUAUGGCUCCCCGGCGCCGAGCUCCUCGUGGCGACCUCCCCAGGAACUCAGAAUGUUCGUUGGGACAUGGAACGUUGGAGGGCGAGCGCCACACCGAGGGUUGGAUCUCUCCGACUGGCUCAUCGACGGCCCUGCUUCCUCCUCUCCUCACAUCUACGUUCUUGGCUUCCAGGAGAUCGUGCCGCUGAACGCCGGGAACGUGCUCGGCGCCGAGGACAAGGGCCCUGCCUGCCAGUGGCUGGACCUAAUCCGGCGAGCCCUGAACCCCUCGUCCUCCUCCCCGGAGAUCAGCAGGGGCAGCCACGGCCUGUUCCCCUCGGAGUCGCUCCAGAAGGGCCGGGUGAGCUUCUCGGACCUGCUGGCGGCGGAGGACAACAGCAGGCUGAGCACGGCGUCGGAGCCGGACGACGACGCCAGCGAGCCGUCCACGUCGAACCCGGAGUCGAGCAGCGAGGAGGAGGCCGGCGACUUCGGCGGCGCGGCGCGGCGGCUGCGCGGUCGCGGCUACCGGCUGGCCGCCAGCAAGCAGAUGGUCGGCAUCUUCCUCUGCGUCUGGGUCCGCGCCGACCUCCUGCCCUGCGUCACUGGCCUAAGGGUCUCGUGCGUCGGCAGAGGCAUCAUGGGAUACAUGGGGAACAAGGGUUCAAUCUCGGUGAGCCUGACCCUGGAAGGCGGCGCGGCGCUGUGCUUCGUGUGCACGCACCUGGCGUCCGGCGAGAAGGACGGCGACGAGGUGCGCCGGAACAGCGACGUCUCCGAGAUCCUCAAGCGGACGAGGUUCACAAGGACGGCGGCGUCGCCGGAGACCAUAUUGGAGCACGACAAGGUGAUAUGGCUCGGGGACCUCAACUACCGCCUGACGAGCGGCGGCGGCAAGACGCGGGAGCUGCUGGAGCGGAAGGACUGGCAGGCGCUGCUGGAGCGGGACCAGCUGCGGACAGAGCAGCGGGCGGGGCGCGUAUUCGCCGGGUGGGAGGAAGGCCGCAUCCGCUUCCCGCCCACGUACAAGUACCUGGCCGAGUCCGACGCCUACGCCAUGAGCCUCGGCUCCUCCGGCUCCCGGGAGAAGAAGCGCACGCCGGCAUGGUGCGACCGCAUCCUGUGGCGCGGCGAGGGGAUGGACCAGCACUGGUACGCGCGCGGCGAGUCGCGCUUCUCCGACCACCGCCCCGUCAGCUCCCUCUUCUCCGCGCGCCUCCAGUCCGGCAAGCCGGCGGUGGCACGGGGGAACGCCGCCGCCCAGGCGCCAGCGCGCAGUUUCCGGCGGCGCGGCAGCAUGCCGCCGCGGCAGCCUCUGUGGGGGCCGAGGAGAUGCUCCUCGUGCCGCGGGCCAGCCCGCACUCCUCGAGGUUCUGACGCGCGCGCGAAUACGAAUGCAGGGACAUGCAACGGAGGAUUGGUAGCUCUGUCAGCGCGAAAGGAUCGCGCGUGCCACCGGCCGGCCGUCGCCGCUGAGACAGACGGAGGCGAGCGGCGUGCCCGAGGCCCGGAAAGGGAAAAGCAAAGCAGCCGUGCGUCCUCAUGAUUGGCUGCCAUUUUGCUCAUUGGGCAUGGGCGGCGACAGCUUCACUGCUUCAGGGCGUGUGUGCAGUGGCGACCGGUCAGGGGAAACAUUCUCCUCGGGAACGCGCAGGCCUUUCAGGGUGUCUCCUUGGGAAAAAUGCUCUUUCUUGUUAUACGCAGCUACGACACUGUGCCUGUAGGAUGUAGAGGUAUAGGAGAGCUCCUUUUCGUGCUCCUCUGGUCGGUUCUUGUUUUUUCUCCCACAUUGGCAACAGAUUCGAGAAACUUGAGAGCAUGGAGCCAUGGAGGGCUGCUGUAUUCAAAGGAGGUAAUGGAGUUUCCUUUAGGUAGUCAAUCGAAGAUUACUAUAUACCGAUAAAGCUCUCCUGAUUUCAGCAGAUUAACAGUCAAUGGAAUAUAUAGUU